UCCAGACACAGAAUAACUUUACCAGCAGUAACAGUCAUGAGUUCAGCUCUGUAUCUGAUCCUGCUUUUCUCAGCUCUGUGGACUCUCUCCUUCUGUGGGACUCGUCACUUUCAUGUGGUGGAAGAAAAUAAGAACUGGACCAACGCUCAGAAACACUGCAGAGAGAAAUACACUGACCUGGCCACCAUUGAGAGCCAAAAGGAAAUGAACACUGUAAAAGCUGUUCUCAACAAGACAACAGGCAAUUUCUGGAUCGGACUAAAGCAGAAAGAUGACAACGACAACAACAACAACAACAACAACAACGACACUAGCUGGAUCUGGUCAGAUGGGAGUAACUCCCCAUACAGAUACUGGAACACUGGAGAGCCAAACUUCGGUGGGGGUCAAAUGUGUGCGGAGUUACAGCCUAACUCUGCAUACAAGUGGAAUGACGUAGGCUGCCACAAUGACCAAAAUCAAUUUAUCUGCUAUAAAAAGCUUCCACUCAUCCUGAUUAAUCAAACCAAGACGUGGAGAGAAGCUCUGAGAUACUGCAGAGAGAAUCAUGUGGAUCUGGUCUCUGUUUACACUGAGGAAAUUCAGAAUUGGGUGGAAACAGAGGUUGAUUAUGCCUCCACUGCUAAUGUGUGGAUAGGUCUGCGUCACAUCUGCACCCUGAAUAUCUGGUUCUGGAUCAGAGGAGAGUUCGUCUGCUACCAGAACUGGGCUCCGGGGAACGGGACAGGGGAGGAAGACUGCAGUGGAGGAGAAAGAACAGGAGCGGUGCAGUCUGGAAGUAAGAAGUGGGUCAGUCUGCCAGAGGAUCAGAAACUCAACUUCAUCUGCACCACCUCUGAGGAGCUCUAGAAGAGGAUGCAGGCUGUUCAACUGGAUCCUCGUAGUUCAGGAUCAUAAUGAUAUUUAAGAGAAAUUUCUACAUCUACAUGAUUAUUUAUUAGCAAGAGGAUUUAGAAAUCAGUUUCAAACUUACAGUGACUAUGAUAUGUAAAGAUAAUGUACAUUGUUAUGAUACUCUAUACUAUAUUUUUAUGCUACUGGCUGUUAUUUUUAUCCUUCAUCAAGACACUAAAAUUUGCAAGUAACCACAAUAAACAAAAACAGUCCAACCAAUUUUCCUUCAUAUAUACUAAUUAUCCUAAACUCUUAAUUGUGUACUAAU